AUGGCCGGACGACAGACUCUCCUCUUCACAUCCAUCAAGCACAAGUUGUACCAGGACGCAAUUGAUCUGCAUCUCGUUCAACCAUACACAAUCGCAGAGAUGAGUGACGUGCUCAGAAUGCCAUCGGAGGACUUCAACGACCUGCCGCCUUUCCCUAAAGAUUUUUACAAUGUUAGCAAAGACGACAUUUUGAAGCAGGGAACUCGCUGGCCUACGCCUGAUGUAUUGAAUGCUCAGCGAGUGCUUAUGAAGAACUUCACGAAAUAUGCUCACGAAAUUGUGCUGCUGGCGUGGGAGUUGCUGAACAACCACCUUGGACUUCCUGUGGGGACACUGCUUAAGAUGCAUCGACUGGAGGGCAUUUCAGGCGAUCAGAUUCAUUUAAUCAAAGCCCCGCCACAGCCCCCAGAUGACAGGAGAACGGCGCUCGCCGAGCACACUGAUUUCGACAGCAUCACAGUACUUUUCAACCGGUUGGGUGGGCUGCAAAUCCUGCCUCCCGGCGAUCAGGCUGAAUGGUGCUACAUGAAGCCACUGCUGGGUCAUGCCAUUGUUAACCUCAGUGACGCCCUGGUCAAGUUCACCAAUGGGCUAUUGCGCAGCAAUAUCCACCGAGUCAGUAGCCCUCCAGGUACACAAGCCGGCACCACACGAUACUCCCUGGUUUAUUUCAGCCGACCUGAAGACGAUCUGAUUCUGAAGCGCUUGCAAGGGUCUACCAAAAUACCUCCACUAGCGAAGGACGAGGUCGAGGAAGAAAUCAACAGCAAGGAUUGGAUCAUCCGACGUGGCCUCGGAAGGAGACCCGGCAUCCAUGGAACUAAGGCAUUCGACUGGACUUCCUUCAGAGGUUCGGAAGAGAAGUCCAGGCGUAUCAAUGCCCAAGUAAAUUUGGCUCAGCUCUCAUAA